CACUUCCGGCUCCCCCGCCUGCGCGGAGGGCGAGGCGGCUCCCGAUUGGCUGGCGGCGGCCGGGGCCGGGCCGGGCGAGGCGCUUUUGUUCGGGCGGCGGCAGUGGUGGAGGGGCCAUGUCGUACGUGCCGGGGCAGCCGGUCACCGCAGUGGUGCAAAGAAUUGAAAUACAUAAGCUUCGUCAAGGUGACAAUUUGAUUUUGGGGUUCAGCAUUGGAGGUGGCAUUGAUCAGGAUCCUACUCAGAAUCCUUUCUCUGAAGACAAGACCGACAAGGGUAUCUAUGUAACAAGGGUAACAGAAGGAGGCCCAGCAGAAGUUGCAGGACUCCAGAUUGGAGAUAAGAUCAUGCAGGUGAAUGGCUGGGAUAUGACAAUGGUGACCCAUGACCAAGCAAGAAAGAGGCUGACGAAAAGGAAUGAAGAAGUGGUACGGCUGCUGGUGACCAGGCAAUCUCUGCAGAAGGCUGUGCAACAAUCCUUGAUGGCCUAAUUAGUCACUGAGUUGGGGAAGGGUUAGGGAGGGAGAUAUAUAGACUGAUGUCAAGCAAGGAAGCAGAUCCUAGGCUGGAACAGGUUGGCUGGAAGGGGAGCAUGUUCUUAACUGUGGUAAACUUGAUUAUUAUUUUUCCUUCUUCUGAUGUAACUGGCAGUAGUAGAAUUCUGGUCCCCUCAGCAGAGUGCUUCUCUAAAAGUCUUCCCUGCAGGUACAUGGUAAGACUUUACUGUAGUGGGUUUUAGGAAGACAGGGACAAACUCUACUUAUCUAAGGAAGCAACUGGAAAAGCCUUAACUCCAAAAGGAUUCUUUUGUAGCACAAAAGAUUCCUAUUUUAAGAGGAAAUGUGGCUUCUGCUAUGGAAGAUAAGAGGGUUUGCUGUGCUUAGCUUUUGGAAGUGAGCUGUCCUGUCCCCUCUGUGCUAUCAAACUAAAAUGCCAGAAUUAAAGAGUUGCUCACUGCUAUGGGGAGGAGCACUGUACUAAUCCCAUUCUGUGUGCUAGCUGGGCAAAGCAUGCCAAAGGGUUUGGGGCAUUAUGGUUUACUGUAGAUUCCCUGCACAAAGCAGCCUCUUCAGAUAAGAAACAGCUAAGUUACGCAGGAGUGUUAGAUUAAUGCCUGUGAAGUACACUACAAGUUCAUAGACAUUACGGUUCAACUUCACUGUCAGCAUAAAACCUUAAUUCUCCUUGUUCCCAAGUAAUUUGUAACAUGAAAUGAAUCAAAUUUAAAUGAAAGGAAUAUGGAGCAGGAAAGAAGAAACUGUUGCUUAACUUAUGAAAAGAGCUGCUUGUUAAGAGUCCUCAGUUCUUCAUUCUGCUUUUAUCAGACUUGAAAUGGGAGGGGUGGAUUUUGGUCUGUCUUCUAGAAGACUUUUCUUAAAUCACUGAUUUAUUGGAUGAAAGAGAUUAAUAUGCCAAUAACAUGCAAAAGUGCCUCCUGACCAAAUGUAAGCUUCUGGUAAGAUACUCAGUUAAAAUCAACAUGCCACAGGAUUUAAGGCUCUUGCUGCAACACUGAGAUAAUUUUCUAGCAUCCUGGUGGUUUAUUAACCAGCUAGCUUUACAGUUAUCAAAAAAAUGGAGUUCUUAAUCCCCUUCAGUUGAUUUAUACGUACCUAUACUUUCCUUAAGCAGUCUUCAGGUAAGCUGUUGUAAAUAGAACAUGAGGAGGUGGCAGACUAACUUAUUACUGCUGUGCCACAUGCAUAUGUUGUGAUUAAUGCAUCUCAGACUAUUCUGUACACACCAGCAGAUGCCUAUUUACCAUUUUUGUAUCUAUGGAAUUACUACAAUACCGCUUUUGAAUUUUGUAAGUUAAGAAUUCAAUGAUAAAUUUUAAGGCUUUCAAGUUGGAAAUUAUUUUUUUUACUAUAAAGAUACACUGCUAUUUGUACUGCUAUUUCACUUGAUUUUACACACAAUAAAACAAAGUUGGAUUUCCUGA